AUGGAUGUACUAGAAGGAAUAAGGAGAAGAAUUGGCAAUGGUAGAGGAACAAGAAUUUGGGAAGACAAGUGGAUCCCAAACAGGCCAAAUGGAAAACUAACAACGAAUAAGCCUCAUGGAUGCCAACUGAAACAGGUUUCAGAUUUACCAACUGCAGGGAAACAAGAUAGCUACUACUGGAUACAUGCUCAGAAGGGGGAGUACACAGUACAAUCUGGAUACAAGAGAUGGAUGAAGGGAAAGGAACAGGAAGGUAGGAAUGAAGGAGAGCAGGCUGGUCCAAGCCAUGAAAGAACAUCCUCUAUUGUUUGGAAAGCACUGUGGAAUCAGAAGGUGAAGCAAAAACUGAAGGUGUUCAUCUGGAAAUGUCUUCAUGAUGCACUCCCAGUCAAAGAGCUAAUAUUCAGUAGAACUAACAAAGGCAAUCCCAUGUGUGGAGGAUGUGGAGAAAGCGUGGAAACAUUAGGACAUAUGCUGUUCCAAUGCAAGAAAGCCAAGGAAAUAUGGGAGAUGGCUCAAGUGCAGUGGGAUGGUUUAGUGCAUCUAACUGAUAACUUCCCAAAGUGGUGGUAUACUGUGAUAGAAGCCCAGAUGAUUAGAGGACGCGAGGAGCAAAUCAACCUCACAGUCAACAUCCUCUGGCAAAUAUGGAAAGGCAGAAACGAGAGAGAAUUCAACCAGAAAGACAAGGAACCACACAAGAUAAUUGAAAAGGCUUCUAUGGAGUGGAUGGAAUUUGAAGAGGCUAACAAAGGGAGGAAAGAGAGAAGGAGCAUUCAAGAAAUAGGAGUACAACAAAGGACUGAACUAAAUCAUGUAGUCGGAGACAUGAGAAUAUUGCUAAAGAUACAUACCCAAAUGGACAAAGACCAUCAUACAGUGGGAAUUGGAAUUAUGGCAACAGAACACUCAGGACUACUACAUGUAGCCUGGGCACUUAGAGAAAGAAUGACAGGAGAUCCACUGCAAGACCAAGCGGAAGCUGUCAAACUAGCUCUAAUGAAUGCUGCCAAGCAAGGCUGGAGCAACAUAGAAGUGAAGCUAGACAGCAGUAAGCUGAAGGAAUUCAUUGUGGACUCAAGACACAGUAGCUGGCGGACGGCAACUAUAAGAGAGGAUAUUCAAUCCAUUAGCAGCCUGUUUCAUUAG